AUGGCCACUCGGACACCAUUAUGGGUCUGCAUGCUCCCAGCCAUGGACCCCCCACCCCUCAUGCAGGAGUCACAUUCUGAGCUGGGCUCUGGCCCUGACAGUGUCUCCGGAUGCAAGAAUGCUGGGAGCGUGCACUCACCUUCUACCAGUAUGGCGACAUCCUCACAGUACCGCCAGCUGCUGAGUGACUACGGGCCACCUUCUCUUGGCUACACCCAGGGAACUGGGAGCAGCCAGGUGCCUCAAAGCAAAUAUGCAGAGCUGCUGGCUAUCAUCGAGGAGUUGGGGAAGGAGAUCAGACCCACCUAUGCGGGGAGUAAGAGUGCCAUGGAGAGACUAAAACGGGGCAUCAUUCAUGCCAGAGGACUGGUUCGGGAGUGCUUGGCUGAAACGGAACGGAAUGCCAGAUCCUAGCCACCUUGUUAGCUUUGAAGGUUUUCCAUCUUUUUACAAGAUGAGAAGUUACAGUUCAUCUCCCCUUUUCAGAUCAAACUCUUGUUUUCAAAAUGGUAACAGUUUGGUUUUUCCUUCCAUGGUUCAGUAGGCUCCGAACCUACAGUCUCAAAAUUUGAGAAAAGGUUUUGCAGUUAAUUAGGAUUUGCAUUUUAAGUAGUUAGGAACUACCCAGGUUUUUUUGUGUUUUUUAAGCAUUGAUUUAAAAGAUGCACGAAAAGUUAUCUUACAGCAAACUGUAGUUUGCCUCCAAGAUAUCCGUGUCUCCCUUUAAUUUUCUCUUUUGAAUGUUUCCCAUAUUGUUCUUUGUUCCAUUUCAUAAGCUAAUACAACUCCAAGGAUUUUGUUUAUAAUGCAUACUGACAGCACGCUAUAGGUCCUGUUUGCCAUACAGUGUAAAUUCUGCUUAAUGUAACUUCUUUUUUGCUUAAGCAUUUGCAUGACUAUUAGUGCUUUGAAGUCAAUUUUAAAAAUGCACAAGUUCUAAAUACAGAAGAAAGAGCAACCUACCAAACCUAACAAGGCCCCCAAAAGUUUUCAUACUAAGACUGUAUGUAGAUUUCAGUUCUGUGUUUACUAUAAUUGAUCAAAACAUCUGGAAGAAAAUGACUAAAACAGUUUGCAUCUUUGUAUGUAUUUAUUACUUGAUGUAAUAAAGCUUAUUUUCAUUAACAGUU